AUGUACUCCACUCCUACCUUCAUCGCCGCCGCCCCCGCUCUGCCACACCGCCGCCCGCACCCCUUCCACCGUGACCCGCCACGCAUGAUUGCUGCCCCGAAGCGUCGUGGCCGGCCCUCGGCCAAGCGCGCCCAGCUUCCCCGCACUAAGCGCACAACCUCCUCUUCUCCCUCACAGCAAGCCUCCAUGGACCUUGUUCUCCCAGCAGACGAUGAGGCAGCCGCCCUCGCUAGGCUAGAAAAACAUCCACACCUCCUAAUCGACUCCACCCUCCCGGAGCCGGACGCAUUGCCCAAAAUUAACGCAAAGCGAAAACGCGCCCCGCCAGGGGAACGAACCGACACCCUCGCAACAUCCACAGUGGACCAAACUAUAGCAGUCUCUGUUUCGGACCUUGUUGAGGCUGACCUCCUUUCCGUCGUCAAACCCGCAUCAAAGUCGAAACCGUCAGCCGAGACGUCAGACCCCGUGGCCGUUCCAAAGAAGCCGAAGCGCGCCAGCAAGAAGAAAGCCUCUGCCAAAAAGGCCGAGCCAGACAUACUGAAACGCAACGCAAUGCCGACCCUUGCCGACAACACUGUCCGGUGGUAUCUCCAGCUCAUUGGGGGUGACCGUUUGCUUCGUGCUGAGGAGGAGGUUACGCUCGGUCGCCAGAUCCGUGACCUCAUGCAGUGGCAGCGCAUGUUUGUUGAGCUCGCCGAUUCCAUUGGUCGUCAGCCUAGUACUAACGAAUGGGCCCAGUACAUGGGAAUGGACGAAACUGACUUCGCGACACGCUUGCUUCAUGCGAAGAGGGCAAAGGAUAGGAUGAUUGUGUGCAAUUUGCGUUUGGUCGUUUCCAUUGCCAAGCGGUAUAUGAAUAGGGGAAUGCCACUUUCUGAUCUCAUUCAGGAGGGCACGCUUGGCUUGAUUCGCGCCUGUGAGAAGUUUGACGCAGAGAGGGGAUUCAAGUUUUCUACUUACGCUACCUGGUGGGUUCGACAGGCCGUUACGAGGUCUAUUGCUGAUCAGUCGCGCACUAUUCGACUACCUGUCCACUUGUAUGACACUAUAUUGGCCAUUCGUCGUGCCACCAAGUUUCUAACGAAUGAGCUUGGGCGCCCGCCGUUGGAGCAGGAGAUUGCCGAUUAUUGCAAGAUCACCGUUGAAAAGCUUCGUGCCACGCGAGUCAAUAUGCAGUCAGCGCUUCCUCUCGACUGCCCUCUAUCCAGCUCGGAUGAUGCACUCACACUGAGUGAUGUCAUCGAGAGCGACGAGGAGAGCCCCGAGGAUCGUGUGGAGUCUUCCUUGCUGCGUGACGAUUUGGAGCAUGUCGUCAACAGCUUAACGCCUCGCGAAAGGGAUGUAGUCCGCAUGAGAUACGGACUGGAUGAUGGCAGAGCCAAGACUUUAGAGGAAAUUGGACGCGCUUUUGAUGUCACCAAGGAGCGCGUGCGACAAAUCGAGUCUAAGGCCCUGCGGAAACUGCGGCACCCUUACCGCUCAGCAAUUUUGAGGGAGUAUACGCCUCCCAACUUGUAGAAGAAUCCGCGCGUCGCGGUUCCGUCUGCAUUUUCUUUCUGUUUUUUGGUCUAAAAUAUAGAGAGCACCGCUAUUGUACAGCAUUCCUUGUUCGUUAUUGAACAGGUAAAAAAGUUUUUUCCGUGGAGUGUCUCGAGAAAAGGGAUAGACCGUCGAGCUUGUGCACCUCCUAAUAUGUGCUCUUGCGCCUCCAAUGCAGAACUUAGAUUCGAGAAGGUAGGUAUAUCUGAAAGAAGUUUUCCGACCUUUUCU